CCCUCGUAAGAAAAUAAUGCUGCCUGGCGCCCACACCUCCCAGUCGCUCCUAGUCCGCCGCGAGGAAAGGGUGCCCGCUCGGUCUCCACGCCGGGACCCCAGCCUCGCCGCCCUAGCCGCCGCCUCGCCGCGUGUGCCGCUGGGCCCCGCUUAGGCAGAAUCUGCGAACGCCGCGCCCCGGCAUUGCCAGCCCCGGAGAGGCGCCGCCCGCAAGGACACCUCUCCGUCCCGCCUCGUCCGCAACUCCGGUCCUCGUCGAGCUCGACGCGAACCAGGAGUCCGGACGUCCCUCUGCGCGCGGCGCAGCCACUCAAGCAGACCCAGCUGCCCCAGCUCGGAGCCAACUCCAUCUCGGACCUGGGACUCCAGACGCGGAUUCUCAGCCACUUCUCACCUCGGGGCUGUGCCUGCCUCCCCGCUUGUCCUCCUGCUGCCCUGCUUCUCCGCUCAGGACGGGGGUGCCAAGAUGCCCCGCUGCUGCGCAGGGCCCCGGGCCGCCCUCGACGUGUGACCCCAGCCUGGUCCCCCUGCUCGGCCGUCCGCCGUCCCCUUGGAGACCCCCGGCCCGGCCCCCGGGGGAGGAGGAAGAAGACGACGAAGCCGAGGGGGGGAUGUCCGGCUCCAAAAGCGUAAGCCCCCCGGGCUACGCGGCGCAGACAGCGGCGGCGCCGGCGUCCCGGGGAGGCCCGGAACAUCGCUCAGCGUGGGGGGAGGCCGAUUCCCGCGCCAAUGGCUACCCCCACGCCCCCGGGGGUUCGACCCGCAGCUGCACCAAGAAACCCGGGGGGGCGGUGACCCCGCAGCAGCAGCAGCAGCAGCAGCGCCUGGCUAAUCGUUGGCGCAACGACGACGACGACGAUCCUCCGCUGAGUGGUGACGACCCUCUGACCGGGGGCUUCGGCUUCAGCUUCCGCUCCAAAUCUGCUUGGCAGGAGCGCGGCGGCGACGACUGCGGUCGCGGCAGCCGCCGGCAGCGGCGGGGCGCGGCCGGCGGGGGCAGCACCCGGGCGCCCCCUGGGGGCGGCGGUGGCGGCUCGGCCGCGGCUGCGGCCGCAGCGGGCGGGACCGAGGUGCGCCCUCGCUCGGUGGAGCUGGGCCUGGAGGAGCGGCGGGGCAAGGGCCGCGCGGCGGACGAGCUGGAGGCCGGUGCCGGUGCCGUCGAGGGCGACGAAGGGUCAGGGGAUGGCAGCAGCUCCGCCGGCUCAGGCGCGGGGCCCGGCUCAGUGCUGUCGCUGGGCGCCUGCUGCCUGGCGCUGCUGCAGAUAUUCCGCUCCAAGAAGUUCCCGUCGGACAAACUGGAGCGGCUGUACCAGCGCUACUUCUUCCGUCUGAACCAGAGCAGCCUCACUAUGCUUAUGGCCGUGCUGGUGCUCGUGUGCCUCGUCAUGUUGGCCUUCCACGCGGCGCGGCCCCCGCUCCAGCUGCCCUACCUGGCAGUGCUGGCGGCCGCGGUGGGUGUCAUCCUUGUCAUGGCUGUGCUCUGUAACCGCGCCGCCUUCCACCAGGACCACAUGGGCCUGGCCUGCUACGCGCUCAUCGCCGUGGUGCUGGCUGUCCAGGUGGUGGGCCUGCUGCUGCCCCAGCCGCGCAGCGCCUCGGAGGGCAUCUGGUGGACCGUGUUCUUCAUCUACACCAUCUACACGUUGCUGCCUGUGCGCAUGCGGGCCGCGGUACUCAGUGGGGUGCUGCUGUCUGCCCUCCACCUGGCCAUCGCCCUGCGCACCAACGCCCAGGACCAGUUCCUGCUCAAGCAGCUUGUCUCCAAUGUCCUCAUUUUCUCCUGCACCAACAUCGUGGGUGUCUGCACCCACUACCCAGCUGAGGUCUCUCAGAGACAGGCCUUCCAGGAAACCCGGGAGUGCAUCCAGGCACGGCUCCACUCACAACGGGAGAACCAGCAACAGGAGCGGCUCCUGCUGUCUGUCCUGCCCCGUCAUGUUGCCAUGGAGAUGAAAGCAGACAUCAAUGCCAAGCAGGAGGAUAUGAUGUUCCAUAAGAUUUACAUCCAGAAACAUGACAACGUGAGCAUCCUGUUUGCUGACAUCGAGGGCUUCACCAGCCUCGCGUCCCAGUGCACUGCCCAGGAGCUAGUCAUGACCCUCAACGAGCUCUUCGCCCGCUUCGACAAGCUGGCUGCGGAGAAUCACUGUUUACGUAUUAAGAUCCUGGGGGAUUGUUAUUACUGUGUCUCUGGGCUGCCUGAAGCGAGGGCUGACCACGCUCACUGCUGCGUGGAGAUGGGCAUGGACAUGAUUGAGGCCAUCUCGUUGGUCCGGGAGGUGACUGGGGUGAACGUGAACAUGCGCGUGGGAAUUCACAGCGGGCGAGUACACUGCGGUGUCCUUGGUCUCAGGAAGUGGCAGUUCGACGUCUGGUCUAAUGACGUCACGCUGGCCAACCACAUGGAAGCUGGAGGCAAGGCAGGGCGCAUCCACAUCACCAAGGCCACACUCAACUACCUGAAUGGUGACUACGAGGUGGAGCCAGGCUGUGGGGGCGAGCGCAACGCCUACCUCAAGGAGCACAGCAUUGAGACCUUCCUCAUCCUGCGCUGCACCCAGAAGCGGAAAGAAGAAAAGGCCAUGAUCGCCAAGAUGAAUCGUCAGAGAACCAACUCCAUUGGGCACAACCCGCCUCACUGGGGGGCUGAGCGUCCCUUCUACAACCACCUAGGGGGCAACCAGGUGUCCAAGGAGAUGAAGCGGAUGGGCUUUGAAGACCCCAAGGACAAGAACGCCCAGGAAAGUGCAAACCCCGAGGAUGAAGUGGACGAAUUUCUGGGCCGUGCCAUUGACGCCAGGAGCAUCGACAGGCUGCGGUCUGAGCAUGUCCGCAAGUUCCUCUUGACCUUCAGGGAGCCUGACUUAGAGAAGAAGUACUCCAAGCAGGUGGAUGACCGAUUCGGUGCCUAUGUGGCAUGUGCCUCGCUUGUCUUCCUCUUCAUCUGCUUUGUCCAGAUCACCAUCGUGCCCCACUCCGUGUUCAUGUUGAGUUUCUACCUGACCUGUUUCCUGCUGCUGACCUUGGUGGUGUUUGUGUCCGUGAUUUAUUCCUGCGUGAAGCUCUUCCCGGCCCCGCUGCAGACCCUUUCCAGGAAGAUCGUGCGGUCCAAGACGAACAGCACCCUAGUCGGAGUGUUCACCAUCACCCUGGUGUUCCUGUCGGCUUUUGUCAACAUGUUCAUGUGUAACUCCAAGGACCUGUUUGGCUGCCUGGCGGACGAGCACAACAUCAGCACCAGCCAGGUCAACGCGUGCCAUGUGGUGGAGUCGGCAGUCAACUACAGCCUGGGUGACGAGCAGGGCUUCUGCAGCAGCCCCCGGCCCAACUGCAACUUCCCCGAGUACUUCACCUACAGCGUGCUGCUCAGCCUGCUGGCCUGCUCCGUGUUCCUGCAGAUCAGCUGCAUUGGGAAGCUGGUGCUCAUGCUGGCCAUUGAGCUCACAUACGUGCUCAUUGUUGAGGUGCCCCGCGUCACCCUCUUUGACAACGCCGACCUGCUGGUCACCGCCAACGCCAUAGACUUCAGCAACAACGGGACCUCCCAGUGCCCUGAGCAUGCGACCAAGGUGGCGCUGAAGGUGGUGACGCCCAUCAUCAUCUCAGUCUUCGUGCUGGCCCUGUACCUGCACGCCCAGCAAGUAGAGUCCACCGCCCGCCUGGACUUCCUCUGGAAACUGCAGGCCACGGAGGAAAAGGAGGAGAUGGAGGAGCUGCAGGCCUACAACCGGCGGCUGCUGCACAACAUCCUGCCCAAGGAUGUGGCCGCCCACUUCCUGGCCCGCGAGCGACGCAAUGAUGAGCUCUACUACCAGUCGUGUGAGUGCGUGGCCGUCAUGUUCGCCUCCAUCGCCAACUUCUCUGAGUUCUACGUUGAGCUGGAGGCCAACAAUGAGGGUGUUGAGUGCCUGCGACUACUCAAUGAGAUCAUCGCCGACUUUGACGAGAUCAUCAGCGAGGAUCGGUUCAGGCAGCUGGAAAAGAUCAAGACCAUUGGCAGCACCUACAUGGCUGCCUCAGGCCUCAAUGACUCUACAUAUGACAAGGUGGGCAAGACCCACAUCAAAGCCCUGGCUGACUUUGCCAUGAAGCUCAUGGACCAAAUGAAGUACAUCAAUGAGCACUCCUUCAACAACUUCCAGAUGAAGAUCGGGCUCAAUAUUGGCCCCGUGGUGGCUGGGGUGAUCGGGGCUCGCAAGCCUCAGUACGACAUCUGGGGCAAUACGGUGAACGUGGCCAGCCGCAUGGACAGCACUGGUGUGCCUGACCGCAUCCAGGUCACCACAGACAUGUACCAGGUGCUGGCUGCCAACACAUACCAGCUGGAGUGCAGGGGCGUGGUCAAGGUCAAGGGCAAAGGAGAGAUGAUGACCUACUUCCUCAACGGUGGGCCCCCGCUCAGUUAGCAGCUGCCAGCCAGUGAUGCCAGGCAGCCUGGCCUCCAGAGAAACGGAAAUGGCUUCUUUGUAUGCCGGAGGGGGGGGGGGCAGGUGGAAGCCUGCGCUCUAGCCCACGUGGCUGCGCCGGUGAGAUUCUCCACUUUGACUCCAGAAGCAGCUUCUGCCUUUGUGGGCAGGCCGCAGCCUCCGUCCCAGGCCCCAGGGUGCCAGCGUCCUGCGAGCACCAAGCUGACCAAAGAUGUUUCCUCCGUAGAAGACUCCGCUAGGCGCGAUCCGAAUCCCGAGUUUUCUAACGGAUGCUGCUGCGCAGGUGGAAAGGAGCUGCUGAGUGCUUACGGUGUGUGGCAGCCGAGUGUGCAACGAUAGAGCUGAGGGGGAGGCCUCAGCCUCGGGUGGGUGGGUCGGUCGGCGGCCCAACUCUGGCCCAGGGUAACCCAGCGGCCCCAGGGGUCCACUUCCCUGUGUGAGCCUUUAAACCCCUGACAGAGGCCACGGCCCCUGCCCCAUGGAGGGGCUUGCUGGCAGGAGUGCUGGCUCUGGAGGGACUGCGGCCUUCUCCGCAGCCCUCCUCCUCACCUACAUAGGUGGACAACACCUCUUGGAGGGGAACAGAACAAAUUGUGAGGGGGAGGCGAGAAGACGCGAGGCAAGGAGGGGUGGUUCUGAGAAAAAGAAAAUAUUUAUUAAAUAAAACAACUUUCUGUGCCCUU